AUGGCGAUUCCGGUUAUUGAUUUCUCAAAGCUCAGUGGAGAGGAAAGGGCAAAGACUAUGGCUCAGAUAACUGAUGGGUGUGAAGAAUGGGGAUUCUUUCAGCUGGUGAACCAUGGGAUUCCAGAUGAACUCCUGGAAAGGGUGAAGAAGGUUUGUUCCGAAUGCUAUAAGCUGGAAAGAGAAGAAGGUUUCAACAACUCGACUCAGGUCAAGUUGUUGAACGAAUUGGUCGAAAAGAAGAGCGGAGACAAGCUGGAGAACGUGAACUGGGAGGAUGUCUUCCUUCUCUCCGACGAUAAUGAGUGGCCAUCCAAGACUCCAGGAUUCAAGGAAACAAUGGCAGAGUACAGAGCUGAGCUGAAAAAACUGGCAGAGAAGUUCAUGGAAGCCAUGGAUGAAAACUUGGGCUUACCAAAAGGAUACAUCAAGCAAUCUUUCAAUGGCGAAGAAGAUGACGCCUUUUUUGGCACCAAGGUCAGCCACUACCCACCCUGCCCUCACCCCGAGAAGCUCAAUGGUCUUCGAGCUCACACUGAUGCCAGAGGAGUCAUUUUGCUCUUCCAAGAUGACGAAGUGAAAGGCCUUCAAAUCCUCAAAGACGAGCAAUGGAUCGAUGUCCAGCCUCAAAGAAACGCCAUUGUCAUCAACACUGGGGAUCAAAUUGAGGUGUUGAGCAAUGGGAGAUACAAGAGUGUUUGGCACCAGGUUCUUGCCACCCCGGAUGGGAAUAGGAGAUCGAUCGCUUCAUUCUACAAUCCAUCAUUGAAGGCAACCAUAAGUCCUGCAACAGAAUUGGUGGAGAAGGUGAGCAAUGAAGUGGAUCAAGCUUAUCCCAAGUUUGUGUUUGGUGAUUAUAUGAAUGUUUAUGCUGAGCAGAGGUUUCUCCCUAAGGAACCAAGGUUCCAAGCAGCUGCUGCGAGGGCCAUGUAA